GACCAGUGUGUGUGUGUUUAAGUGUAAAGAGAGCGAGGGAAAAGCGCGAGAGAAAGAAAAGCUACACUUGGAAACAGAGUGACUCUACCCUGAGUAUCGUGGGCUGCAACUUUUCCUUUCAGUCGACAAAAAGAAAGCCAGAAAGCAUCCUAAGGGAUUGUAGAAGUGUGAUCAGCCCUCCCUACCAACAAAAGUUGGCUUACAAGUGCUGCUGGGCUGCUACUGUCAGACAGGGUUGGGGGGACAAUCAUCUCCAACUGCUGCUGCUGUUGCCGGUGUGUUCUGUGUGGUGUGGACUUUCUCACGUUUCGGUGGACCCACACAGACACACACACAUUCGCACUCGCAGAUUCAGGAGCUCGCAUGCCUGAUACUACCCCCGCCUCUCUUGCUACCCACUCUCUCUCUCUGGUGCAUACAUACACACUGAGAAGGAGCGACGGCGUGUGAGCGGAUCCCAUCGUGCGGAGAGCGCUGAAGAGAGGAGACCAGAGAAGAGAGGAGACCAGAGAAGAGAGGAGCGGCGGCACACUCUUACCAUGCCAGUGCAGGGAGAAAGGCUGAAGCGCUGUUUGUCUCUCUGCUUCUGGAGCUGGAGUUCUCUACUAUUGCUUGGACUGUUCUCUCUGCAUGCGCAAGGACACGGCAACAUAUUGGACAGUAUGCUGCUAAAAGCAUCCAGUAAGGAGGCAGCAGAGAGUGGGAAGGAGACUUUUGGCAGCACAGCUCCUGCUUCCUCCUCCCAAAGACUACUGUGGUGUCACUGUUAUCACCACUGCCCAGAAGAUUCAACCAAUAACACAUGCAGGACGGAUGGCUACUGUUUUACAAUGGUGGAGGAUGAGGGAGGGGUGCCGGUCCAGACGGCAGGUUGCCUUGGGCUGGUCGGAUCUGAAUUUCAGUGCAGAGACGCGGGGAACUCACGUCAAAGGCGGUCACUAGAAUGCUGUACAGAUGAAGAUUACUGUAACAAAAAUCUGCAUCCUACGCUGCCACCACUCAAACCUCCUCUCUACGUAGAUGGGAAGAUCCACCAUGUGGCCUUGUUGAUUUCAGUCACUGUAUGCACCCUUAUAUUGGCUGUCAUUAUUAUUUUCUGCUACGUCAGGUAUAAACGACAGGAGUCUCGUCCUCGCUACAGCAUUGGUCUAGAACAGGAUGAGACAUACAUCCCCCCUGGAGAAUCUCUGAAAGACUUGAUAGAGCAAUCACAAAGCUCUGGCUCAGGCUCAGGGCUCCCUCUAUUGGUCCAGAGAACGAUAGCCAAGCAGAUUCAGAUGGUGAAGCAGAUAGGCAAGGGGAGAUACGGAGAGGUGUGGAUGGGCAGGUGGAGGGGAGAAAAGGUAGCUGUUAAAGUUUUCUUCACCACUGAGGAAGCGAGUUGGUUCAGAGAGACUGAAAUCUACCAGACUGUCUUAAUGAGACAUGAGAACAUACUGGACUUAAUAACUGACUACCAUGAAAAUGGAUCAUUGUAUGACUACCUCAAAUCGACCACUCUAGACAAUAAAGCUAUGCUGCGACUGGCCUACUCCUCUGUGUCAGGACUCUGUCACCUCCACACAGAGAUCUUUGGCACCCAGGGCAAACCUGCCAUUGCUCACAGGGAUCUGAAGAGUAAGAACAUACUUGUGAAAAGAAAUGGGACCUGCUGUAUAGCUGACCUAGGACUGGCUGUCAAGUUUAUCAGUGACACAAAUGAAGUAGAUAUUCCCCCCAAUACAAGAGUCGGUACAAAGCGCUACAUGCCUCCAGAGGUUCUGGAAGAGACUUUGAACAGAAGUCACUUUCAGUCUUACAUCAUGGCUGACAUGUACAGUUUUGGGCUCAUUCUCUGGGAGAUUGCACGUCGCUGCAUCUCAGGAGGAAUCCUUGAAGAGUACCAGUUACCGUACCAUGAGCUGGUUCCAACAGACCCUUCAUAUGAAGACAUGAGAGAGGUGGUCUGCAUCAAGAAGCUACGACCAUCCUUUCCUAAUCGAUGGACCAGCGAUGAGUGUUUGAGACAGAUGGGAAAGCUGAUGACAGAAUGCUGGGCCCACAAUCCAGCCUGCCGCCUCACAGCCCUACGGGUCAAAAAGACACUUGCCAAAAUGUCAGAAUCACAGGAUAUCAAGCUGUGAGAAAGCACUGCCUGGUGUGUGUUUACACGCAUACAAAAGGCAGGUACUAACACUGGCUCUAUUCCAGGCCGUACAAGCUGGGGGUUUUUUGUUUGUUUGUUUGUUUGUUUUUUGGGGGGGAAAGGAGGGGGAACAUGAAGCAGAAGAUCACUUGGGGGAUCCCAUGAUGACAUACUUUGAGUUCAAAUGCUGAGAAAUCUGUAAAGUCCCCUCAAAAACAAUCAGAACUAACUGUGCAUGGUCCUCUUCUGUUCUUCAAAGAAGAUGAGACAAAUUACAUUUCCGACUAGUGUGAAGACUCUAAAGCCAGAUAUAGGUUCCUGUUCACAUGCUCCAAAGGCCUUGGAGAAAGAGACUUGAGUUUGACUUGGCACUGUACAUGCUGAGAUACACAAACAGGCUACUGACCAGAGAGUGGAAGACUAUAUGAUUGCUUUCUGUGAAAGCUACCUUACCCGUAGAUGAAGGUCUGAUUAAAAGAACCGAAGGGAUGUGCGUCAAGGCAAUCUGUUAUUGCAGCAUUACACCUCCUUUCUAAACACUUCCUUGGAUUGAAUACACUUUUGUCACUUUUAAAUAGCUUUAAAUUGCUCUUUGUUAUGACAAGUGACACUGUGACGGAAAUAAACAUAUUUUGAAGGUGUACACGUUUCGAUUGUGGUGAUACCAUUUGUAGACACUGAAGAAAAGGUAAAUUUGUUUUGUGAGCUAAUGAGAAUACCAAACGUUUUCCAUGUACAACUUUAAGGUAAUUUGUAAAAACAAAAAAAACAACGUAAUAAUAAUAAAUAAGUUAAUAUGUAUAAAUAAAUCUAGAUUGGGGCUCUAAUGACCUCUGUGUUUCUUUAGGCUUCUUUGGGACAUGUAUUAAAAAUAAAACCUGCCUCGGAAGAGGCGGCGUUUCACCAGUGGAAUGGUUAAAGCAGAGCAGUGCCCCCCAUAGCCACUGUAGAGCAAGUACAGGAAGGAAGGCCUAUCACACAAUCUGGAACUGCUUCACACAAACUGUAAGGUGAAGUUUUGCUUGAUUAUCUAGUGAUCCAUUAUAAAUGUGUGGAUUUUUGUUAGUUUAGGGGUGCCAAAAGUUGCCAUGUCACGGCUCAUUGUUAUUAUUCACUAAUUCCCAAUGACUGUGGCUCCCGUAACAAAAAGAUGGAGUGUAUUUAAAGCAGUGGGUUUAGCAGUAUGCCCUUAUAGUGAAAGAGUGCACUAAGAAGUUGGCUGGUUCAAGAAAGCACCCAAGCCUCACCCAAAAUAUUAAAUGGUAAAUGGCCUGUAUUUAUAUAGCGCUUUUCUAGUC